AUGGCGAAUUCAGAGGGUUUCCGUUUGACGUCUGGGGAUCUGGGGCUUGGCCGUCUUGACGUGAGCCCACCUGGAUGCAUAGACUUGGUCAAUGAUCUUCUGGUGGAAAACCACAAGCGGUGGCACAUGUACUUUCGCGAUGUCGCCGGCCACAAUCAUAUCCCACAUGCAAUCCUUAGCGCUCUGGCAAUGGGAGGAACCCCGCAAGACCUGAGACGGGCCUAUGACGACGGCGAAAAUAUCCAGAGGCCCAUGCCGGUGCUCGACCAUCAGACAGUGAAAGAAUUGAGCAACCCGACUGGCUUUCGGGCUCAUAUGCAAGUACUCGAUCAGUAUCCCAAUUUCCUGGUCUUUUUCGAACAGGAAAUUGCCGCAAAGGGGUAUGAAGCUGUCAUCAACGACUACUGCCUCAGCCGGACGCCGCUCGCCGAUCUGAUGCUUGCCCAGCUCUACGAGGGUCUCUAUCAUCCCAUCAUCCAUCUGGGUUUCGGCGUGGAGUUUAACUUGCCCGGCCUUGUGGCAGAAGGCCUUGCGCAGACAGCCAGCCAUGACCCAAUGUACAUCGACGUCUUUUUCCAGCGCGCCGAGGCCGUCGCACGGUCCGGCAACGUCGCCCCGCGCCCGCUCGUUGAGCUCUACCACGAGGUGCGCGCCAACGAGGCCAUACGCACUGCCGCACGCCUGCCCGACGGGCCGUGGAAGGUGCGAGAUGGGGUGCUAGGCCGCAGUCUGGACGAGAUUGUCGCGGUGGCGGCGCAGUUCCGGGUGCCUGAGGCGUCGCAGGAGGCGGUGGAACGUGCCACGGCUGAGAUGAUCAGCUGCGCGGCGUGGACAUGCGCGGCGGCGCACAAGCCCGGCCGCGAGCGCAAGAUCGACUUCUUCCUCAUGCACAACGUCACCAGCUCCCUCUUCCUGACCGUUCUCGCCCGCCAGCCGUGGAUAACUCUCGCCGACAAGGUCAGACUGGUCGAGUGGAAGGCGAGACUGGACCUGGUUUGGUACGCCGCCAGCGCCGCGCCGGAGCUGCGUGACGAGCACAUGACCAGCUACGAGGCCACGUUGAGCGCAGGAAUGGGCUGGAGCGAGUUGUACCAGGCUCUCAAUAAGCAUCACGAUGACGGCCAUGUCGCCAAAUUUGUCCGGGCCCUGAAGAAUGGCGAAGACGCCACCAAACCCUUCGAGAAGGAGGAUGUCGGCGCGAUCGACCCCUUCCCAGUCAAAGGCGACCUGUGGCUCAAGAUCGCACAGAUGUGCUACGAUUCAACCGUUAUGUACGUUGAUGGGCAAAAGAAAUGGGUAUGGGGAGCUGGAUUUGAUAAGAUGUGGGACAACGUCCCGGAAUUCCUGCGGGAAAACUGA